CAUGAACUUGCGGACUUUAGCACGAUUCUUACCUGGUUGUAACAAGGCUGGAGGUUCAUUAAGGCCCCUGAGAUUUCCCCUAGCGGCAUCAGGACAGCUUCUGCGAUUUCUCAUCCAGUACAGCUUGUUUCGGGUUUAAGAUACGAAGUAGGACUGAUCCAGUACACCUCCGUCUCCUAUGGUUCCUUACCCUUCUAUACCAUACCACUCCUCCUGGAUGCUGAAGGGGCUAGCUGGGGGGCUAGUUAGGCCGAUUGUAAAGUUAUCUAACCAUCUCUGCAGCCUGGCGCGGCUAUGGAGAGAUCUUUGGGUCUAACCCCAGUUUUCACGCAUACCCCCUCUACAUAUGGACACACAAGCCUCCUUGAAUUAAUUUCAUCUUCACGAUUAUUGCAAAUUUGCUAACGCUACAUCCAUAGGGAGGGCUUCGCCUGAGUGAUUGCGCUUCAUGCUUUGUACGAAGAGAUAAAGGUAAAAAAGAAAGAAAAAAUCUUCGGCCAAAACCGCUUGAUUCACACGAAAGGUUCGUGUGCUGCCCUGCACACUUGGGACACCUAUAUGAGCUGCGUCGACAGCACGUAAAGCAGACAUUAUCGAGAUGGCAGUUACGCUCAAAAAGGUCAUCCUCUGAAGCGGAAGGCUUCCUGAAUUGUGCGCCGUUAAUACAAAACAAGUUCCAGUCAGCUUUUGACUAGGUGCCUUCGGGGAGCAAUAUAACAUCUCUUAAUUCAAAACGUUGGCUUUAGCAGAUUCGCUUUCCGUCAAGCACACCUUUCGUUUGAUUCGACCAUCAAAUCGACCCCGUGCAUAGUUUCUCAAUUACCAAUAGCUUGGGCGGGUCAAAAUUACAUGCGAGGAGAUUGGCCGGCUCCUGGAAUCGAGAGUUCAGCUGCUUGCCCUAAUUCCCGCGCCAUUUAUUGUGCGCUUUUCACGGACAAGAUCCAGAGCCCAACAGAGGUUCCGCCCGCAAAAAGGCAAGUGCAGAGAGCAGCAUGAGCCGCCUUUGUUAAUAAUAUAUAGUUAACGUCGAAUUUAACGGUAUUUAAGUUGUGAGCAAGAAAUGGUCAUGGUAAUUUCGAAGAAGCACAGGCUGAAACCCUCACAAACUGCAAUGCUUCAUUCAUGCCUGGAGGACGAAGUUUGGGCCCUUUGUCUGUAGUGACUUGCCGCGCUAGGAAAUCCUUCAUACGAAAUACCCCGCGGCGCACAGCCCCAGCAUUGACAGUUAUUCUGCCCUCAAACUGCUAGAUUUAUGUGAUAUUAUUUCACCCAUUCCUGAGAAACUAACAUCACCCAUUCCUUGUUGCAUGUUUCUUUUUCAGUUUUAUUUAUUUUAUUUUUCUUCGUCGUGAAUCUCCACACCCAAGAGUUUCGCUCGGUUGGAGUGGCCGAAAGCUUGUUCCGUAAGCCGAACCAGAGCUAUUGAAUCAAGCAAAAUGAAUGAGGGCACGCCGUUGAUUGUUCCCCGUGGUUUCAGCCAUGCAGUCCACGAACUGAGAAAGUCCUCAUCCAUUGUAAGUAACAACACUUCCGGCGCGGCGGCGUUGGGGAAAAGGAAAAGGAGGGGUAGAGGGGCUUUUUUUCGAUCCCUCGAGAUAUUCAAAGACAGAUCGACGGGACUCAUUUUGUCCAUUGAGAGUUCAAAGUUAUGGUUCUAAAUACCCUUAAUAGAUAUCAUGCCUUAGUCUUUGAUCUUUAUUUUCUUUUCUUUUAGAACUGUAGUGGCUAAUACUCCGAGCAGCCAGCACUCCCAAAGAAAAUCCUGGUGCCGCGAACACGUCGAGGAAGCCACGAUGAAGGUUCGCUGCCUCCCGUUUUCAAGGUGUGGAUUGAUGAUGCUAUGAAGAGCCUGCUUGACCAAGAAGAUACGGACAAGAAUUUGCAGAUUACCAUCCUUGAUAAUGGGCCAAAGGUGAUUUCGUUGGGAACCUUGCUCUCUGACGGCGGUCGGACGCGGGAAAUCCGAGGCACAUAUCUGCUUGCAAAUCUACUCGAGGAACUACAUUUGACGAAGGGGAAGCAUGCAUCAAAGCUGAUCCACUUCAGCGAUGUCUCCGAAGACCCGGUUAGCCGUAUCAACCGAAAAAUUAAGGACGAGUACUGGAACAACUUGACUAGACGGCUAGACGAGUCUAUGAUCGAGGCUGCUGCGCCGGACCCCAAGGACUGGAACGAGAACCCGCGCCCACGGAUUUUUGUUCCAUAUGGCGAGGGGCGACUGUACGAUUAUUACUGCCAAGUUUCAAAGAACAAACCCGAAUUAAAACUGGAGGUGCAGUACCUCCCCCAGGGUGAGGUUACCGCUGAAUUCGUUCAUGGCCUUCGAGAUCGACCUGGUUUGCUCGCGCUCGAAAUGGAUUAUUCGAACCCAGAUAAAUUGCGGGGACUGCAGUUUAUUGUACCUGGUGGUCGAUUCAAUGAAUGCUACUAUUGGGAUAGCUAUUUUGCCUGUCUUGGUCUCCUGGAAAUCGGAAGGAUUGAUCUUGUGAGGGACAUUCUUAAUAAUUUCAUAUUCCAAGUGAAACAUUAUGGCAAGAUUCCGAAUGCAAAUCGGUCAUAUUAUCUCUGCAGGUCGCAACCGCCGUUUCUCUCGGAUCUCGCCGUGCGAACUUUCCAAGGCAUGAACAACAAGGAAGAGGCAGCUGAAGUUUUGCGAUCCGGGAUUCUGGCAGCAAUCAAAGAGUACUUCACCGUUUGGAUGUCGGAACCGCGAUAUGAUCCGACAACUGGACUCUCGCGGUUUAAGCCGCCUGGUAAGGGUAUCCCCUUGGAAGUCGAAGAAGGUCAUUUCGACGCGGUUCUCUACAGCUACGCAGAAAAGUACACUUGUACAAUUCCCGAGUUUAUUAACCAGUAUAACUCUGGGAAUGUAAAUGAACCUGAACUAGAUGAAUAUUUCAUGCAUGAUAGGGGAGUGCGGGAAUCGGGACAUGACACGUCCUAUCGGUUCGACCAAGGCUGUGCAGACCUUGCCACUGUGGACCUGAAUUGCCUUCUAUACAAGUACGAAACCGAUAUAACUUGGGCCAUCAAGACGGUUUUCAACGACAAGCUCCCCAUACCAGCCGAAUGGCGCACGACAGACAUGGGGGAUGACCAUGUCGAAACAUCAGCGUCCUGGCUCCAGCGUGCCAAUCAGCGCCAGGAGCGUGCAAACAAAUACCUCUGGGACCCUGAACAGGGAAUGUACUUUGAUUACAACACAAGAACCCAUAAGCGCACCACCUAUGAAUACGUGACAACCCUAUAUCCGCUCUGGUGCGGCAUCGCCAGCCGCGAACAAGCCGAAUCCCUCCUUGCAAGAGCACUACCAAAAUUCGAAUGUGUCGGCGGCCUCAGCACCAGCACGGAGCAGUCCCGGGGCCCAGUCAGCAUGCCUCACCGUCCCCCGAAGCAAUGGGAUUUCCCCUUUGGAUGGGCGCCACAUCAGAUGCUUGCCUGGGAUGGGCUGAAGCGAUACGGUUACUUGCAUGAAAUGGAAAGGCUCGUAUACCGUUGGCUGCAACUUAUGGUUAGGGUCGCGGUGAAUUACCACGGAGCGAUCGUGGAGAAGUAUGAUGUGACUCAACUGGAUAACCCCAGCCAGGUCGAUGCGGAGUACGGGAAUCAGGGGUUGGAUUUUAAAUACGCGAAUAUUGAGGGAUUCGGCUGGAGUAAUGCUAGCUUUUCGUAUGGGCUAUCCUUGAUCAAGCAUCAGAAACUAAUGGUGAAAGCUCUGGGACUCUGUGUCCCAUACGAUGAUUUACGUAUGGAGAGAGUUCAUCGUUGACAUAUUCAUAUCGGCGGGCAUUUAUAUUCCCUGCGGAAUAUCAUGAAUUUCCAACUUCUACUCUCCACACCGCGAGUACAUGAAUGUUAAUGACGAUGCGACGGAUAGAUAGGCUUAGAUAGGGGCUUUUGGAUACGACGAUAUCAUGACAUCCAUUUUUUUUUUU